AUGAUCCCUAUGGCUUUCCCUCAGACCGUGAAAAGUACUAGAAGUCGCCGGGGCUGUCAUGCUUGCAAAAAAGCAAAGACCAAAUGCGAUGAGAAACAGCCUAUUUGCUCCAACUGUUUGAAAUCUGGAAAAAAAUGUGAUUACUCGAUCAAGUUGGUUUGGGGGGGAAGGCCCUACAAGAAACCGAAGAUUGAGAAGCUUAAUGUUAUCGCAACGUUAUCGAGGAAACAACUGAACCAGCCAGUUACUCAGAUUCCGUUGCCAUUUGAUUCUUGUCAAAAUGAGAUAGUUAAGAGGUCUACUGCGACCGUUGCGGCGGCAGCAGCGGCGACGGCGGCUAGGACUUCGUCCAUUUCCCCUGCAAACAAAUCUUCUGUGGCCUCCGAUAUCGUUGAGACUGAAACUAUCGUAAAAUCAGAGAAUCUUUCUUUACCAUUGGAUCAGCCUUCAGAGGAAAAUGAGGUCAUUCAACUGGUAGACGACGAUUUGACGGCCAUUCCAUCACCUAGAACGUUUCUCAGUCCAUCCGGAAACCUUCAGUAUCUUCUCAAGAUGUCCAGCAGCGAGUCCAGCACAAACGACAAUAACAAGUCGAGGGUGGAAUAUGCUUUCUUGGAUGAGUCGUGUGCUCCUCGGAUUUAUACGGAGCCGGAAGCCGGCAGUUUUGAUGAAGGCAUCAAAUCAAUGUCAAACGUUAUGGAAAACAUUAUCAGCGAUGACGUUAUCCAGACAAAUCCUUGGGCAUUUUUAGAAGAUUUAAAUAGGGACCAAUUGGAACUGAUGUCUGGUCACACUUUUGUUGGAACCGACCUCGAUGGAAUGCCUCAUUCAAACUUGUCUCUUGAGCAGAGUAUGGAAACCCAUCCUUGUCCUCCGGCAGAUCAUAUUCUUACUGAUGAUGAUAACGAUGGCGUACCAUACAAGCAGUUAGAUGACUUUGCUUACGACUUAAAACAAAUAGCAGAACUAAAAAAUACCAGAUCAUCCAAUUUACACUCUGUUCCUAUCAUCUACGAGAAAAAACAACCGCAUCAUCAUCGUUAUAACCAUAUAGACUACAGCGAGAAGCAGGACGACAUAUUAAGCCAUACAGCUGCUCUUGCACUUGGUAGUUCUGGAAUUAGAUCUCCAUCUUUCUCUUCAACCUCUUCAGAUUCCAUCGAAUCCAUCCCAAGAGGUAUUUUGCCAUUGCCUGACAUGCUCUUGAAUGUUCCUUACUAUUACGAAUCGUUCAACUUCUUUCUCAACUCAACAUCACUUCUCCUCACCCCUGCGGAUUCUACAAUCUACGCUAACAAUCCCUUCAAAAUCCUUCUUCCGAAGUUGGCCAUGCAGAACGAUGGCCUACUGUCUAUCCUAGUGGCAUUCGGUAUAGCACACAAGAACACGCUUUUACAUAGACCAAUUCCUACGGAUAUUGUCGAAUCCCUUAUGAGUCGAGCUCUCAGAGAUUUGUUGGUACUUCUUGAUAAUAGUAGUACUUCGACAAGUGAUCUCACUUUAACUCUAGUUCUUUUACUAAGCUCUUUCAUGGCAUUCACCUUCAAAUCUGACAAAUGGAGGGUUCAUGUGAAAGGUGCUCGACAGAUCUUGCUUCUGAGAGGUUACAGUAAACCAUUUUCCAGAUUAGUGACCGAUUUUCGGAACGACAACUCUCCUACUGCCACUUAUAUGAACAAUGAGAUCAAGCAAUCCAGACUACUUUAUUUUCUUAUUCGUUGGUUCGCCUAUAUCGAUAUCUUUACAGACUUGUCAUCACCUUUGGAGCCAUCCGAUAAGGAGAUUGGAAGGUAUAUUUCUAAAAAACGCUCUUUACUGCGACAGCAGCAGGUUCAGCCAGUACUUUCUCCACUGACGGAACAUACUUUAGAUUCGUCUUUAUUUGACCUUGGAUUUGACGAUGCCCCGACUGGAUAUCACAGGCAGCAGCCACAACAACAAGAACAAAAGCAAACAGACCGGCAGCAAGAACAACAGAUUGAUUACAACAUCACAAGUGAUGCUAACUUCAUAAAGGACGAAUCCCAUAAAGAUAUAGACUAUAUUUUGGGUUUCAACCUCAAAUUUCUUCCGCUCUAUUCACAGCUCUGUAAGUUAAUCAAGCAUAUUAAUGUGCUAAAAUGUGUUCAUGAGUUGGAAAAUCCUAGAUCAGAGUUUCACAUUAGCCCCAAGGUCAUCGAGAGGUCAUUACAAGUCGAAUUGAAGUUCCGAAAAUUGGGUAAGAUCGAGUUUGAUACCGACUAUUCUAACAAUUCCCGUUCUUUCAAUUUUAUCGUGGCCUCUAACCACUGUUUCUUGCUCAUGGGGUUGAUCCAGCUUUACAGGAGAGUUCUUCAAAUACCAAGAAAGUCAAAACUUGUUCAAGAGAUGUCAAGUUCCAUUAGUGGACUGACAAUGGACUUCAUAGACACUGCUAACUCGCCUUGUUCACUUUGCCUCAUCUUACCCAUCUUCGUGGGAGGAUGUGAAUGCGAGAGCUUCAAAGAUCGUCUAAUUUAUCGUGAAAAGAUGAAGGAAUUGGUAGACCAGGGGUCACCUUGUGCAGCUGUGGCUACCGAGAUUAUGGAGAAAUGCUGGGCCACGGGCAGAGAUUGGAACGAUAUCAUGCAUUCCGAGAGUAUAAAUGCGGUGUUUCUAUAG